UCCUUCCUCGAAGCUUUAUGCGGCGAGCGACCCACUGGAGCACAAGGAAACCCUCGUCUUCUCCUUCCUCGUCGUCUUCGCUGCGACAAUAGAAAGCUAAUCUCUCCGUUUUCUCUCUCCCUCGCCCAGCUCUUCUCUCGAUGCCGUUGUCUCAGCACGCGGCCGCACCGGGCUCUUCGCUGAUCCGCGGGGGUAAACGGCGGAGGAGCCGGUCGAAGGGAUCCCGCGCCAAGAAGAAGCAGAAGAGGCUGGACUCAAUUUGCGACGCUCCUGGCCCUGCUACCCCCGCGGGUCCGCAAUCGCCCGGCGACGACCGCGCCCUCAUCCGCCGCAGCUCCCGCGUCCGCCGGGCCCCGGCCUUCCUCGACUCGUCCCCUGCCCCCGCGCGCCGGAGGAAGAAGCGUAGGCUCCGGGAUUCCCCAAUACGGUCCGGCUCUGGUGUUGGUGGUGGUCGCAGGAGGAAGAAGAAGAGGCGGAAGAGAAGGGAUGAUGGAGAUGAUCUAGAAGAGGGAAAUCCGGUUUCGUUGCAGGAAAAAGAUGGUUCUCCUACUCAAGAAAUUAAAAUGUCGGAAGAGGAAGCAGAAGAUUGGAGAUCACGACUGCGAUCUAGGGUUGGAAAAAGAAAGGGAAAAUCACGCUCUUUUGAAGAGGUCGCUACGAGGAAAGAAAAGGAGUCAGUGAAGCCAGUGACAAGUGGGAGUGUACUUAGUUCACAGGCAAUUCGAUCCAGUAGGAGGGGCCGAAGAAGGGGUUUUGGCGACGAAGUCAGUGUGAUCGCUGAAGAAACUGGAUAUCAAGGUGAGGUUUUGUCUUCAAAUGAUCAUGAAGAUAGUCGUGACAAAGCCUCUCAUGGAGAGGAAUCUAAAAUUGUCACAGAUUCGCCAGUAUUUAGUGAACCAAACCAGGAAAUUGUAGCUCCUUUACCAUCCGAGGAGGGUAAAGAAAAUGCAGACCGUACAGAUGUGGCUGAUAAAGAAGAUCUCGAGCAGUCCGAAGAAGGAACUGCAAUCCCAAAUCUGCAGCUGGAUGAUGUUGAUCCUGGAAAUUGUUUAGCUACCUCAUUAAGUGAACAUGUUGAUGACAAACCUGUAAAGAGUGAAGACAUCUUAAAGGAAGAUAAACCGAAGCCACCCAUUUUUGAUGAUAAGAUUGCAAGGAAGCAUGUUAAGGAGGGCCGGAGGUGUGGGCUGUGCGGGGGUGGGACUGAUGGAAGGCCACCUAAGAGACUUGUUCAUGAGUCAUCAGGGAGUGAUAAUGAGGCUUAUGAAGGAUCUUCAGCUUCGGAGGAACCAAACUAUGACGUAUGGGAUGGGUUUGGUGAUGAGCCUGGAUGGCUUGGUAGGCUCUUGGGUCCCAUUAAUGAUCGGUUUGGCAUUCCUCGUAUUUGGGUUCAUCAACAUUGUGCUGUUUGGAGUCCAGAGGUUUAUUUUGCUGGCUUGGGCUGCCUGAAAAAUGUUAGAGCUGCACUAUGUAGGGGAAAAGCAUUAAAGUGCAGUCGCUGUGGGAGACCUGGAGCAACCAUUGGUUGCCGUGUUGAUCGAUGCCCUAAAACUUAUCAUCUGCCUUGCAGUCGGGCAGAUGGUUGUGUAUUUGAUCAUCGCAAGUUUCUCAUAGCAUGCUAUGAUCAUAGGCAUCUAUUCCAACCUCAAGGAGCUGAAUAUGCUCAACAAGUUAAGAAAAUGAAAACUAAGAAGCUAAAGCUAGAAAUGAGAAAACUUUCACAUGAUGCAUGGAGAAAGGACUUAGAAGCUGAAGAGAAAUGGUUAGAGAACUGCGGAGAAGAUGAAGAGUUUUUGAAGCGAGAAGGCAAGAGGCUUCAUAGAGAUCUCUUAAGAAUUGCACCUAUAUAUAUUGGGGGUUCUGAAAAUGAAAAAAAUUUUCAAGGCUGGGAGUCUGUUGCUGGUCUGCAAGAUGUCAUCAAUUGCUUGAAAGAAGUAGUGAUAUUACCUCUUUUGUAUCCUGAAAUCUUCAAUAGUUUGGGCCUUACACCUCCUAGGGGUGUUCUAUUGCAUGGUUACCCUGGUACUGGUAAAACACUGGUUGUGAGAGCAUUGAUUGGUGCAUGCUCUCGUGGGGAUAAAAGAAUUGCUUACUUUGCUCGCAAGGGUGCUGAUUGUUUGGGAAAGUAUGUUGGUGAUGCAGAGAGACAAUUAAGACUUCUUUUUCAGGUAGCAGAGAGAUGUCAGCCUUCUAUAAUCUUUUUUGAUGAGAUUGAUGGUUUAGCCCCAUGCCGCUCUAGGCAUCAAGAUCAAACACAUAAUUCGGUUGUAUCUACUUUACUCUCCUUGCUUGAUGGUUUGAAAUCUCGAGGUUCAGUGAUUGUAAUAGGUGCUACUAAUCGUCCGGAUGCUGUUGAUCCUGCUCUGAGGAGACCAGGUAGAUUUGACCGGGAAAUAUACUUCCCGCUUCCCAAACUGAAGGAUAGAUCUGCUAUUUUAUCACUUCACACAAAGAGUUGGUCGAAUCCUGUAUCUGGACCUCUUCUUUCAUGGAUUGCAAACCAAACCGCUGGUUAUGCUGGAGCUGAUCUGCAGGCACUUUGUACCCAAGCAGCAAUGAAUGCCUUGAAGAGGAAUUGUGCACUGCAAGCACUGUUAUCUUCUGCUGAAAAAGGGUUUGGUGGCGGUAAACUUCCUUCCCUGCCUUUGUUUAUGGUUGAGGAAAGGGACUGGUUGACAGCUCUUGCAGCUGCUCCUCCCCCGUGUUCACGUAGAGAAGCAGGAAUGGCAGCAAAUGAUGUAGUCACUUCACCUCUUCACUCUCAUCUCAUUCCAUGUCUUCUCAAGCCACUGUCAAAACUCCUGAUUUCGUUUUACAUUGAUGAACGGCUCUGGUUACCUCCUGCAAUUCUGAAGGCAUCAGAGUCUCUUAAGAGUGUCAUUACUGCAGCACUUGAACAGAAAAGACUUCACAUUGGCUUUUGGUGGUCUCAUUUUGAUUCUUUGAUUAACCAACCAUCUGUUGCAAAUGAGAUAGAGAGAACUCUUUGUCACUAUGGCCUUGUAACUGCUAGAUCAGGAUAUGAUCAUUCUUAUAUGCUGGAUGAUGUCAAUUUUGACUUUGAAAAGUUUGAUUCAUAUAGAUCGAAACUGUCUGAAUUUUCUGAUCCUAGUAAGUCAAAAAUAAAGCUUGUUGAAUUAGGACAAUCAUCAGGGUUCCGAGCUUUAAUUGCUGGAACACCCAGGUCUGGCCAGCAACAUCUAGCCAGCUGUCUCCUUCAUGGCUUCUCAGGCCAUUUAGAAAUUCAGAAGGUUAAUUUGGCGACCAUGUCACAGGAAGGACAUGGAGAUAUCAUUCAUGGAUUGACACAGAUACUCUUGAAAUGCAUGAAGAGAGGAAGAUGCAUGAUCUAUAUGCCUAGGAUUGAUCUGUGGGCAAUUGAAACUCUCAGGAAGGAGCCCGAGUAUAAUGAUUCUGGCCCAGAGACCUGCAAAUUAUCCGCUGUGUCUGUGGUAAAUGACGUGAUAAGAAUUGCUUCAGAAGCUUGGAAUCUUUUUGUUGAGCAGGUGGAUUCUGUGACAGCACCUGCAUCUUUAAUCAUUAUGGCCACUUGUGAAAUGCAAAUUCAUAGUCUUCCAGUUGGAAUAAAGAAAUUCUUCACAAAUUAUGUGCCAGAUGAUGCUGGUUCAAUUCCUCUCGAGCACACUGUACCACGAUUCUCAGUUGAUGUAGAUGGAAAAUUUAACCAUGAUCUGCUAAUUAGUUCAUGUGCUUCAAAAUUAUCAGAGGAUUUGGUUCAGCAUUAUAUUCAGUUGAUUCAUCACCAUACUCAUUUGGUCAAUUCUCAUGAUGUGAAUGAAACCUUUCAAACCAUGGAAGCUCAUUCAGAACCUCAAACACACUGUGAGAGACAAGCAACUUUAGUCACUAACAAGCAAAUGGAUCCUAAUCAGAAAGCUUCAGGAGUUGGAGACCAAGAUCAGCAACAUGUAGCUGGCGAUCAGGUGUGGCCCCUGCCAUCUACUUUAAGAGGUCAUGACGAAAUUGGCAAUCAGCACCAUAGUCAUCAAGAUUCGAUUCCAAAAACUCUUCAUAAAGGCGUGAAGGGUGGUUCCGUGUUGUCAAUUGCAACAUUUGGCUACCAAAUUUUACGAAGCCCUCAUUUUGCAGAGCUUUGUUGGGUAACCUCAAAACUGAAAGAAGGACCUUGUGCAGAUGUAAAUGGUCCUUGGAAGCGUUGGCCAUUUAAUUCUUGUGUGAUGAAUACUUGCAGCUCACCUGAAAAAGUAGUUACUGGAGUAAAUAGCAAUCCUAAAGAUAGGGAACUCUCUGGUACAGUAAGAGGCUUAAUAGCAGUAGGCUUAUUGGCUUACCGUGGUAUUUACACAUCAGUCAGAGAAGUGUCAUUUGAGGUUAGAAAGGUUUUAGAGCUCUUAGUUGGACAGAUUCGUGCUAGGAUUUCAGGCAGGAAAGACACAUUCCGUUACCUUCGUAUUCUCUCACAGGUGGCUUACCUUGAGGAUGUUGUUAAUAGUUGGGCUUACACGUUCCGCAGUUUACCAGCGGAGAGUCAUAGAACAGCACCAAAUGCUAAGCCAACAAUUUUAGGGGAUGCAGCAAUGGAUAUUGGCCUUAAUGAAAACUACAUUCUUGGAAAUAGAUCAAGUGUGCCAAUUGUUCCUGAAAAGGGCUGCAAUGAACUUCAAGACAUGUUAGCCAGAGGAAAUCCUGAUGAAUUUGUGAAUGAUGGUGAAGACAAUAAUUUGAUCCAAGGACUGGCAUCUCAGUCAGUGUCUACUUCUGAUGUUUGUGUCUUAGAAAAAGGUGAGCUUUUCCCAUCUGCUCCUUGUCCAUCUGGAUUAUAUCAAAGUUCUGAAGCUGCAGGUGCACUACCAAGUGGAAACGGAAUGAGCAGAUUUGAGAGUCCAAUUGUGAAAAGUCCAGAAACCAAGGAUCAAUCUAGUGGCUUGGAAAAGACAGAAAGCAAUCUUCCUUCAGUGACUAAUAUCUAUAAUGAUGACAGCGUAGUGAAGGAUACAACCUCUUACUCCACAAGAUUUUCAAAUCCUUGCAAUGAUUCGGUAAAUGUUCUUUCUUCGAACAAUGCUGGGUUUGUUACUGAUGAACUGGCUACAGCAACUAACUUCGCACAUGGAAGUAGUAGCAGUCUUUCAACUGUUUCUGGUAUUUCGUGUCUUUACUGCUGUUGUUGCCGUUGCCUGCAAACUUUGUUUGUGUUGGUUCGCGGGAUUCUCUCUGAUUCCUGGAGGUCUUGUGGUCAUUGUUCAAGGAUUGAUGAUAUUCAUGAUAUUCUUGCUUCAUGUUCCUUGAAUAUCGUAGCAACAAUUAGGCAAUGCUUUUGUUCUCCAAGUAGUCAUGGUAAUGAAGAAAGCUUUGGAAGAGAACAAUAUGUCAGAAUGCAGUCUGAACAUUGUGCCUGUGAGAAACACAGUGAUAAACAACUUCAGAAGGUACCUGGCCAUUGCUCUUCUUCUGAAGUUGAAAGUGUACAUGCAGAAUGUGUUUACCACUUAAGAAACAAGAAUGAGACUGGGACAACUGAUUAUGAGAGUGAUUCCCUUGCACCAGUUUUGAAGUUUUUUCUUAAAGAUGGUGUAUUGAUGCCUGCAGAUCCCCAAAUAGGAGCCGCCCUCCAUUGUAGAUUUGAUAAGCUAUGCCUUUCUUCCAUAGUACAAAUGAUUUUACUGAAUAAGCAACAUUUGGAUUGAUAUCAUGCAGUUGUGUUGAUUGAAAUCAAUUCUCUGUUUCUCCUGCAUCAAUGUAACUGCACAGAUGCACAAAUUUUCUCCGUUCAAAUCCUGCUUGACCCUUUACAGGAACAUCGUGGUUUGUUAUUUUUUAUAUGGAAUUAGUUCUUUGAAAACAUUUAGGUAUGGAUAGCGAUGUAUCCUUUUUCGAGAUCUUUCAAACACUAUCUUUUUCAAAAAUUGGAUUAUGAGGUGGAGAUCCAAGAAUAUGACGAACUUUUUCGAUUGCUCGCAACCUGCUCAUCAACAUAAUACAAACAUAGACACUUCCAUAAUGCUUGCUAUAAUCAUUUAUGUCCAUGCUGGACGACAGUAAAAUGCUUACUGUUCUGCAGAAAUUUUGUGGAACACCAGAUUAUACAACAUUGCAACUAGACCAGGUCAUGAACUGCAGGAUGCUGUUGAAUAUGAAAUUAAGUGCUUUGAGGAUGUUCAAUAUUGCAAUUUCCAUAUUCAUGGCUUCGCAAGGGGGGGGCUUCUGCUGGUUGGUUAAUCUUUAGAUGCCAGCAAGUCUUUGAAACUUACAGAGAGUACUUCAUAUAGCCCUGAUCUUGUGGUUCUGAUUUCAUGUAGGGGUAGUUUCUAGCUUCAUAUCAUGAAAAUUCCAAGUUCAGGUGUCUCAUUUAGGUUGAGAUGACUAGCUUAAUGGGGUGUCAAAGUGCACAAGGUUCCCUUGGACAUGGGAUUUGGGAAUGGUCAAUGUACAUAGCUCUUGCCUGCAAGCAAAGAGGUUAGUUUUGCAACUUGAACCUGACCACUUAGAUCAUAGACUAUGACAGCAAGAUCCGCUAUUAGCAAAAUAGCGAGACUUUAAUAUGAGUUAAGUCAUGCAAGUCAUACAGUUCAGUACUUCAAUUGUGCUUCUUUAUAACUUCUAAGAAGCUCAUACAUAACUCUUAGAUUUUAAGUGAGUUAUUGGAUGUUGUUGACUGAUUUUAAAAUACUUUCUAUUUUGUUUAUUUCCUUGUAAACAUAUUCCUAAUUUAUAAUUUUUUUUUAUGAUUUUUCUUUUUUUAGUAUCCUUAUUGUGGGAAUAACUUUUUCGAUUUUGACGAGAUUAGUCUCCUGAAAUUGUAUGAGUUAGUGUCCCCAUUUAUGCAAAUGUGCUCUAUAAAUUUUGUAACCUUCUUAUAGUCAAAUGAGUGAAGAAGAGUUUCUUUCUACAUGGUAUCAAUGCCUAUCUCAUAGAUGGCCAAAAGCUUUUGAUUGUUUCUUCAUUACCCCAAAAAUCUUUCUUUCUCAUGUCCUAUUCAACCCAAACCACUUCUGAUUCAACCUUUAAAGAAAUCAUGCAUCAACUGUUCACUAGAGAACUUCAUAGGGUAAUUUCUCGAAAAAACCCCUUAUUUGGAGAAAUUCCCAGAUAGUGCUCCCUUUUUCAAAAAUUCUCAUAGAAUGUCCUUUUUUUCCCUAAAAGAUGAUUUUGCCUUUGCCUUCACAUUAUCGAUCACCGCCUUCGCCCCUGGUCAUCUAUGCCUAUGCCUCCACCCAGGCCCUUGGCCACCUAUGCGUCCGCCCCACUGCCCCCAUCUUCGCCCCAUUAUUCCCACCCCCACCUCCUGUUGUCCCUGCCCCGCUACUGUCAUCCUCGCUGUCACCUUGGCAGAGGGGCUGCAGGCGAGGGCACGUGAGCCCCCUUCCCUCCGGUCAUCGUCUCCAUCGUCCCUAUCAUCAACCUUGGUGGAGGGGGCUACGGGCGAGGUCGGCGAGGAAGGUAGAGGAAGAGGGAGGGCAACUUUCAUGCCACAACGUAAUAUUCUUUAUCUGCAUUUCAGUACUAUAAUGGUGUGAAAGGAUCAUGGAUUGAAUUCAAUUAUUACAAAAUGUUAAGAUGAACUGUAGCAAAGAUGCUGCUAUAUUACUAAUGAUUGUUGAAACUUAAAAGAGGUUUUCCAAAUUCUUGGUUGGAUUUAACAUAGAAUAUAAUCUACGUGCAUAUUUAAGUACUUGGAAAAGACCUCUUUUUCAGCUUGAAUUCAAUUAUUAUCAAAAUGUUAAAGAUGAACUGUAGCAAAGAUGCUACUAUACUACCAAUGAUUGUUGAAGCUUGAAAGAGGUUUUCUGAAUUCUUGGUUGGAUUCAACAUAGAAUAUAAUCUAUGUGCAUAUUUUAGUAGUACUUGUGAAAGACCUGUUUUCCCUAGUUAGAGCCUUCUCUAUCAUUAGAGCUGGAGCAAGGAAAAAGGUAUAUAAUACUAAUUGCUAAACAAUCCAGCAACUGAAAGGUCUGCACUUGCUACAAUCAAGAGCCAUUUGAGAUCUUAAGUGGUUUGAGCUCUAACAUGGUUCCUGAGAAAGGAGAGACAUCUAUAACACCAAACAACAAAGUGGCCUUUGGUAUGCUUACUGUAAGAAAUUGAGACAUAACAAAGAGACAUGUCAGAAGUUACACAAAAAAACAAUAAGAAGGAAUUCAACAGCAGUAUGGAAUAUGGACAACAAUGUCAAGCAAACUACGCUUAGUCUGAGACUCUGAAGAUACUUCUAUGUAUGGAAGCUUGGUUUCUAAUAACUCUGAGAUUGGGGGACUAAAUAAACAACAGAUUAAGAAGCUUUAGAGUUUUCAGGUAAAUAUUAUACAUCUCAUAUUCUAAAUGCCUUGAAAGAUUAUUGGUGUGGAUCUUGGGUGAUUGAUUUAGUAGCCACUAACCAUAUGACUAACUCAUCUAACCAUUUUAUAUCUUAUAGCUAAUGUUUUGGAAAUAAAAAAAUUAAAGUAGCUGGAUGGUACUUUAAUUGAAAAAUUAAAGUAGCUAAGACAGUUGCACGGAUACCCUUUCUUUAAAAUCUGUGUUGCAUGUACCUUGCCUGUCAAUAAGCCUUUGGGAUUUAAAUUAUUAGAGAUUUAAAAUAUACUGUAACUUUUUCCAUCUCAUUGUAAUUUUCAAGAUCAAGUUAUGGGGAGGACAAUUGGGCUUUCCAAGUAAAAAGAAGGCCCUACUAUCUUGAAUUAAGUAAUAGUAAUGAUUGUAACUAUUUACCAUUAUUCUAAAUUUGACUUCAGUACAUGUACCUCACAUUCAUCUUUUUUGUUAAAAAACAUGUAAUUUUUAUUAUUUCAAGGCUUGAACAUUAAUGAAUUUUAUUAUGAUUCUUGUUAGUUAGCCAAACACCAACAUUUUUCAUUUCCACAUGUCCUUACAGAUCCCAAAUAUUACUGGAGCUCAUUGGUAUCAUAUUCGUUAUUUUUAAAAGAUGAUUCAAACCCAAAUUGAUGUUAUUAAAAGUUUCAUAACAACAUGAUGUUGUCGUUUUUAUCCUAAUUUAUAAAGAUUAUUGAGGUUUUUAUCCUAUUUUUGAUUUGUGGAAAUUUAGUUACCUGAUUCCUUUCUACAGUUGUCCUAAUUUAUCAUCUCGUUAGGAGCCAUUGAUCACAAUUCUUAGCUGACAUUUGAAAUUGGGGUAUUGUAAUUAACCUAUGGUCCAUGAAUUAAAGACACAUUGGUCUCUAGUGUAAGUCUUUGGCUUUAUGACCAAGGAAGGAUUGAAAAAUAACAACCAAAUAGUGGUAUCUGAAAAAUUCUAUGUUCUAGUAUAGGAUCCACAGAACAUGACACAAAUUAGCACAGUGGUUCAUGUUAACAUGAAAAUCAGUUGGAAUGAUCUAGUACAAGCAAUUAGGCUAUAGUUAGCCACUGGGAAAAUAGAGAAUGGACUCGGGUAUUCCAUGUUGAUACAGAUGAAACAUAAUUGAGGGGUAUAUUUUUUGCCCUUAAGUUGAUUUGUCUUGUAUCAGACUAAAAGCAGACACAAUGCUGUCAUUAAUUUUGAGGUAAAUGUAACUGGAAUAACAACAUUAGGGAAGCAAGUUUUAUGCUAUAUGAUGCCAUGCAUCACAUAUGGACAGAAAGCUAUUAUGCAGUCUGUGGUAUAAACUAUAAAUUCACAUUCAUAUACUAUUGUCGUCCAGAAAUUUCGUGCAAACUAUGGUAUGAGUUGAUCUAGAUAGCUAUUGUCUUCAUAAACCAAUUAUUGUGUUGAAACAUUGGUGGAGCUUUAAAUGCUAGCAUAAAACUUCGAGUGUGUGCAUGAAAGUCAAAGAUAAUGUAUAUUUUAGUUGGUCUAGGCAUAGUUUAAACUUUAAACUACGUACUGGUCUGUUACAAAAUUGUAUUGGCUUGUAUUUAUUGGUCCGACUAGGAUCCAGUAAUGGUAUAUGUCAUCUGUUGGUCCGAUCAGAAUAUAUGAAGGCAUCUUUUUUCCAGUGUUAUCGGGUGAUACAUGUCUGUGUACCACCCAAUGCACUGGUAUGGUACUGUCCUGAUGGUGUAUGAAAACUAGUACAGGAUGGGUAUUUAAAUUUUUGGUUUUAGGCUUGGAAGAAUCUGAAAGAGGUUUCUCUGGGUACUAAUCAUAACCUGUGUGGGUAUCAUAUUUACCAAUAUCCCACCGAAGAUGGAGGAAAGUUUCAGUUGGAGGUGUCUUAAAGAGCCUUAACUUGGUCAAUAAUGUUCAGUUUUGCAAUUGUCCAUACUAGUGUUGUUCCAAUUACUCAUUAAAGUUUCUGGUUGAAUUUGCAUGUAUUAAAUGUCUCUGUUCUUGAAUAUUCAAUAACGCACUUAUUUUUAUUGCUUAUCCUGUAUCAACAAAAACAUGAAGAGUUGACAUGAAUUCUCGACUGACAUACACGCUUUGAGCUUGUGGACCCAUAUUGUGGUGAUAAUUCCAACUCAAAGGAUGUAACGACUCAAAGGAUCUAUCUAGACUUUUUAAGACAAGUUUCGCCUGAAAAUUAAACUGCUUUUGAUGCCCUGAUGCAACAUUCUACAUCUUCCUUGCAUGGGUCAACAUCCAUCGGAUUUACUUUCUAUGGCGCCUAAACUGCUACUUGUUCUGCAUGUUUCAGAGUAUCUCUUGAUGCAAGUUAUACUGGAUAUCCUCCAUUUGCUCCCUGGAUAAGAUGCUAUUAGCAAAUCCUCCCUCGCGAAUAGGCUUCACAAAAGAUGCUGACGAAGUCCAUGUCUUCCAUUCUCUGCCUCAGAGCAGCAGCGACGGCGAUUGAGAGACUUGGUUCGUGAGUUUGAUGUUCAGAAAAAUUUUGAUGAGUGAUUACUUUUAAUCUUUUUCCGACAAUAGAAAAGAAGCAAGUUGCAUAUUAUUCUAGAUUCUCAGAUAGCCAAAUGGAGACAUUGAUUGUCUGUUUUUCUAGAAACUUAUCCUCUCGUCUUCCUAGAAUUGAAUAUCCUGCUUCUCUUGUUGUGCAUCAUAGAUGUCUUCCUAGUUCUUGCAUUCUACAUGCAGAGAUACAAGACUGGACGUUGUUAUGUUUGUUCUGUUUGGUAUAAAAACUAAGCAAACAAGGGAAUUAUGUAGCA